AUGCAUUUUGCGAUCUCGUCACGUCCACGUAACGGGAAUUCAUCGCGUACCGUACCGCCUUCUCUCUUCGGUAUCGGGGAACUCCAGGGCGAAGUGGAUCGGGAGAAGAAAGAUCGAUACACGAUCGGCGUGACGGCCACCGACAACGGCAGCCCGCAGCGCUCCGCGUCCGCCACGGUCGUCGUCCGCGUCCUGGACGCCAACGACAACGCUCCGAAGUUCCAUCGGAGUCGAUACCAGUUCGCCGUGGAAGAGGGAUCUAAGGAUCGGAACCAGGUGGUGGGGCGGGUCGAGGCAGCGGACGCCGACGAGGGAGACAACGCCAAGAUCACCUUCCGUCUGCUCUCCGGCAACGACACCUUCGCGAUCGACGAGAACACGGGCGAGAUUCGAAGCCGAACGGGACUGGAUCGAGAGAUGCAGGGAGCGUACGAGUUGGAGGUGACGGCGAGCGACUCGGGUUCUCCUCCGUUGACCUCCACCGUGCCGCUCGCCAUCACGGUCACCGACGUCAACGACAACGGGCCGGAAUUCAUCGCGCCGAGGGACGAGAGGAUCAGCAUCCGGGAGGAACAGCCUCCGCACACGCAGGUCACCCGGGUCCAGGCUUCCGAUCCCGACCUGGGUCCCAACGGGACCGUCACCUACGCCCUCGAACCUCACGACGGAGACGUGGGGGCGCUGUCGGCAUUCGAGAUGGAUCCCCAGACGGGGGUCCUCAGGACGUCCGUCGUUCUCUCCCAUUCCGAACGGGAUCUCUACGUGCUGGAGGUGGAAGCGAGGGACGGCGGCGAUCCCCCUCAGCGAUCCUCCCUCACCCUCUCCAUCCUGGUCCUCAACCUCAACGACGACCGCAUACCGACGUCGUCCGCUUCCCUGCAUUUCCAGGUGAAGGAGGACGUGGAAGUCGGGACCGUGGUCGGCAAGAUCGGCGGAGCGGAAUCGGGACUGAACGACGAGUUGGUCAUCAUCUCCGGCAACUCGGACGGAAGCUUCCUCAUCGACACGGCCACCGGAGACCUGGUCACGACCAAGCCCCUGGACCGCGAGAAGACUCCGGAAUACAUGCUUCGGGUUCGGAACAUCGAAGGUAGUUCGUCCGUGCUGGUCCGCAUCGUGCUCGACGACGCGAACGACAACGCUCCGCGGUUCCCCGAAGACCCGAUCGAGUUGACGGUCGGCGAAGCCGCUUCCGUCGGCUCUCUCGUCUGGAACCUCAGCGCCGAGGAUCCGGAUCGGGGUCUCGGCGGCGAGGUGGAGUAUCGCAUCCUGGCCCAGAAGCCCGGCGAAGCCUUCGGCCUCGACGGCCGAUCCGGCCGCCUCACCCUGCUGCGUCCACUGGAUCACGAACGCGUCCGAGAGUACUGGUUGACGGUGGAAGCGAGGGACCGAGAGCCCGGUUCCCGACACUUCACUCGCGCCACCGUCCACAUCCGAGUCGAAGACGCCAACGAUCACGCGCCCGAGUUCCGCGCUCUCGCGUCCGUCACGGUCACCGAGGACGAGAAAGUCGGAGUGCCGUUGGCUCAUCUUUCGGCCGUGGACGAAGACGACGGGGAGAACGGUCGCCUGUCCUACGAGAUCGUUUCCGGCGACGAGCGCGGGACGUUCCACCUCGAUGCGAACACCGGUGAGGAAAUGCCUCCCUUCGCCUCGUUUCGCUUCGGUCGGUUCCUAUCGCGACCUCCACGUCUCUCUCUUGCAGGCAUCCUGUGGUUGGAAGAGCCUCUGGACCGGGAACGGGUGUCCACGUACCGGCUGAACGCGAGCGCGAGCGAUCACGGAAAACCGCCCAAGACGACUCAUCGGAUCCUCACCGUUCACGUGGAGGACGUGAACGACAACCACCCCAAGUUCACCCGGAAGGUGUUCCAGGCCGACGUCCUCGAGGACGCUCCGGUCGGGACCUUCGUCCUCAAAGUGUCCGCAUCCGACGUGGACUCCGGGGGUCGAGGGAACCUGACCUACCUCCUACCCAAGGGCCAAGGAGAUUCCAAGUUCCGCAUGAAUCCUCAGAGCGGGGAGAUCUUCACGGCCGGACAACUGGACCGAGAGAGGAAGGACUCCUACUCCCUGACGGUGUACGUGGAAGACGGGAGCCGACCGUCUCUGCACGACACGGCCACCAUCCUCGUCGCCGUCCUGGACAUCAACGACCACGCGCCGGAAUUCCAGCAUUCCUGCUACGCGCUCCACGUGCCGGAGAACAGCCAGAGGGCCGUCGUUCACACCCUCGUCGCCGUGGAUCGGGACUCGGGACCCAACGGACAAUUGUCUUAUGCCAUCUCGGGAGGGAACACGGGUAACGCGUUUUCCCUGGAUCCCCACACCGGAGCGUUGUCGGUCGGCCCCCUCGACGCAGAGACCCUCGCCACCUAUCACCUCCUGAUCAUCGCCGAGGACCGAGGCCUCCCGUCGCUGAGAGGACUCUGUAACCUCACCGUGGUCGUCCUGGACGAGAACGACAACGCGCCCGCGUUCCUGCAGCCGCGUUAUCACGCCACGCUGAGGGAGGACACACCGGCGGGCACCAGCGUCUUGCACGUGAAGGCCACCGACCCCGAUCGGGGUCAGAACGCCCGCAUCACCUAUUCCCUCACCAACGAGACGCAGUGGCUCUUCACGGUCGACAACGAGACCGGCUUGAUCACCACGACCGGGUUAUUCGACCGGGAGAGACAGAGCGUGUACACGUUCGACGUCCGAGCGACCGACGGAGGAGCGUCGAACGCUCGUUGGACGCACGUCCAAGUCCAAGUCACCGUCGCAGACGUGAACGACAACGCACCGCAGUUCGAGAGAUACCCUUUCACGUCCGAAGUGCCUUCGGGUGUGACCGCCGGACAACAGCUCCUCAGGGUCAUCGCUCGUGAUCCCGACGAGGGUGUGAAUGCUCUCAUCUCCUAUCGAUUCACGGGCGGCGAUCACGAGGGAAAGUUCGAGAUGGAGAGGGAGACCGGGAUCGUCCGAGCGGUCCGGAACCUGGCGGCGGACUCGGCUCGACUCUACCAGCUGGAGGUGGUGGCAUCCGACGGGGGAGCGAAUCCUCAGUCGUCCACGGGCUUGGUGGAGAUCCGCGUCGGGGACGUCCCGUACGUCACGGCCGUCAGAUUCACGCAAGAGAUUUACAACGUGAGCCUGCAGGAGAAUGCACCCCCGGGCACCGAUGUCAUCCAGGUAUCGGCGGUCCGUUCCGACGGCCGACGACAGAGGAUCACCUACAGCUUCGGAAGCGGAAACGAACACAACGCCUUCGAGAUCAACAGCAACAACGGUCUGGUGCGGGUGCGAGACUCUCGCCUCUUGGACCACGAAGUUCGACCUUCGAUGCGACUGAUCGUGGUGGCUCGGACGGAAGGCACCUCCCCUCUCUACGGUUACGCCCAGGUCGCCCUCCGCCUCGCGGACGACAACGACAACGAUCCCCGCUUCACCCAGGUCUCGUACGCCACUGUCGUCUGGGAGGGAAACAACAAGGGCACCUACGUGGCCCAGGUCUCGGCCACCGACGACGACUCGGGUCCCAACGCCCGCAUCACCUACCACAUCGCCGACGGUAACGUGGACAACGCCUUCGCCAUCGGACCCGCCCCGUCCGGGAUCGUGAAGACCAACAUCGUCCUGGACCGAGAGAUCAGGGAUUCCUACACUCUCACGGUGAUCGCGACGGACGAGGGGAUCCCCCAGCGCACGGGCACUUGCAGCCUCAGGAUCAACAUCGUCGACGUGAACGACAACCAACCCACUUUCCCUCCUCAGAGCGAUGUCACCAUCAGCGAGAAUUCGGCAGUGGGAUCCCUGGUGACGACGAUCACGGCCAACGACGUGGACACGGAUCCUCCCCUGACGUACGACCUGAAGAACGGCGGAGAGGCGUUCGCCAUGGACCGAUUCACGGGGAUGCUCACCCUCCUGAGGCCGCUGGACUACGAGACGGAAUCCGAGUUCCACCUCUACGUGACGGCCUCGGAUUCCGCUCACACGGCCGAGACCCUCGUCCGCGUUCGAGUCCGAGACGAGAACGACAACGCUCCCGUCUUCUCUCAGCACGCCUACAUCGUCCCGAUCCCAGCCUCGAUCGAGAUCGGGUCGAAGGUGGUGGUGGUGUCGGCGACGGACAAGGACUCCGGUCGAAACGGGGAGGUGGAGUAUUUCCUCCAUCCGGACUCCACUUCUCUCGGUUGGUACGUGGAUCGCCGCACGGGAGCCGUGCACGUGAACCGAACCUGGACCGCACCCGUCUUCUCCUCCGUCGUGGAAUUGCUCGUGGUGGCGAAGGACAAGGGAGUGCCCAGUCUGUCGACCGUGGUUCCCGUCCACGUCCACGUGUCCCAGCAGACGCCCGGCCGACUUCGUUUCCGAGAGCCGAACCCGGUGCUCCGGUUGAGCGAGAGCAGCCGACCGGGCUCCACCGUCCUCAGACUCGAGGCCUCCGACGACUCGGAUCGUUGCUGCGUUCUUUACACCCUGGGAUCGAGCGAAGAGGAAAUGGCUUUCGAGAUCAUCGGCACCACCGGAGAAUUGGUCCUUCUUCGACCUCUGAAGGCGACCGAACGGAGCAACUACACCCUCACCGUGUUCGCGAUAGACGGUCGCGAUCCGAAGAACAACGCCACGGCUUCCGUCCUGAUUCGGGUGGAAGAAGCCGACGACCGUCGACUGGAGUUCCGCAAGGAGCACUACGAGAUGUACCUGGCAGAAGAUUCCAAGCCCGGCAAGAGUCUGCUGAGACUGGAAGUCCCGGGGGCGUCCGGAGGAGUGGAGUUCGCCAUCACGAGCGGCAACGACGACGAUGCCUUCCGCGUCGACCCGGCCGAAGGCAUCUUGACCCUCGAGGGAGCCCUCGACUUCGAGACGCGAACUCGGCACGCCGUGAUCGUGAGCGCGACCGACGGCCCGAGGUCGGGAUCCACCAAGGUCAUCGUGAACGUGGAGGACCGCAACGAAUUCAAGCCGGCCUUCCCCACGUCCAUCUAUCACGGAUUCGUGGCCGAGAACUCGGACAUGGACGCAUCGGUGAUGAAGAUGCCGGCCGUGGACCUGGACGGGGGUCCGGCGGGCGUGCUCAAUUACUCAAUCACCGGCGGUAAAGACGGGAAAUACUUCCGGAUCGACCCUUCCACCGGGAUCGUCUACACCAAGCACGUCUUCGACUACGAGGACACGAGACGGUACGAGUUCACGGUGCUGGCGCAGGAUGUAGGGGGAUUCACCGCUUCCGCCUCCGCCAUCGUCCACGUGGACGGCGUCGACGAAUACCGACCCGAGUUCGCCACGUCGCUCUACAAGUUCGGCAUCCCGGCGGAAGUGCCUGCGGGGUUCUCGGUCGGGAAGGUGAACGCUGAAGAUCGGGACGAAGGACCGGACGGAGUCGUCAUCUAUCGCUUCGCUUCCUCCAAUCCGCACUUCAAGAUCAACGUGUCGUCCGGCGACAUCUCGACCAAGACGGCCGUCCGAGGACUGAAGGACGCGGUGAAGCUGGACGUGGUCGCGAGUUCCGGUUCCGCCGGGUCCCUACAGAGCCGAGCCAAGGUGGAGGUCUUCGUGGAUCCCAGCUUGAGUCCGUUGGGGGUGGGUACGGCAGACGUUCCUCCCGUCGCCGGCUUGGCACCUUGGGCGCUGGCACUCGUCGUCGCUCUCGCUCUCGUCGCCGCCGCCCUCGCUGCUACCAUCCUGUUCUUGCGGAUACGAGGAAAGUACAAGAAGAAGCACGAGUCGUCGUCGGAAACGGAACACCAUCACUACGACACGGCGUUCGACACCUUGGACCUCCGCGCCGCGAACCCACUCGACCCCUUCCAGAUCCAAUACGGAGACCUGCCCGAUUACGAAAGCACGCCCGGGUCGACGUUGAAGCAGCACCGAACUUCGGAACUGAGCGAGCCGAGCCACAGCGCGUCCGCCAGCUCUGGCCGCGGUUCGGCCGAGGAAGGCGAAGGCGAAGACGUGGAAGACGAAGAGAUCCGCAUGAUCAACGAAGGACCCAUGCGUCUAUCCGUGCCGGAUUCCGGGCUGCACGAAGACGACGACGCGUCCGACGUCUCCGCUCAGAACACGCAAGAGUACCUGGCUCGGUUGGGGAUCGACACGACCCGCUCGGAGGUGAGCCACACGUCCCAGCACCACCUGGACGGCAUGCACGCCUUCGCGGAGGAAGGGGGAGGAGACGGAGGUCAGAUGGACAUCUCGCGGAUUCUGGUCACCGGGGGACCCCCAUCCUCCGCCUCCGCGAGCUCCGCCCAGCCGAACCGUCUCGAAGGGCCCGGGGGUUCCAGGAGCUUCGGCCAGCCCUCCAUGACGGGCUCCCUGUCUUCCAUCGUCCACAGCGAGGAAGAACUCACCGGUUCCUACAACUGGGACUACCUUUUGGACUGGGGCCCCCAGUACCAACCGCUGGCUAACGUGUUCUCCGAGAUCGCCCGCAUGAAGGACGACGGCAGCGGCGGAGGUUCGCCUGCCCCUCCCCCGCUGCUCACGUCGCUCGCCCCGCGCACCGCGACGCGCACUAGUCAUACCGUUCAUCAUCCGAUCCUGCCUCGUUCGCCCGUGUCUCACGACAGCACCCUGACGGCGGGUGCGUUGUCGCCGUCUUUUUCGCCCGCCCUUUCGCCCCUCGCGACGCGUUCGCCGUCCAUCUCGCCUCUGGGUGCGGCGCCUCGUCGCCCCAUCCCCAGCGACUCGGAGCUUCACAUCUGAGUCCGCUCUUUCUUUCCUCUCGUGUGAUAAUGCGGCCAAAUUCCCUAACGAUCGUCUGGUAUUUAGCGGAUGCCAUUCCUUUUCGUCCUUUCGGGCUUCCAUUGCAUUGCAAUCAAAUGUUUUGUUUCUAUCUUUCUGCUUCCGUAAUUUAACACAUUUUAAGUUAUUUGGAACCCGAUCCCAGUUGUGAUACGACCCGUCGUGUUUGAUUUGUUAGGGGGAUAGUAGGCCUAUCGAUGUGAUAUCUUUUUUUAAAAAUCUUUUGUGGCCCUUGGAGCAGUCACUUUUUCACUCGAUGUGCCUUUGACAAGAUUUUCAGAUGCCAUAUUUAUGUGUCAAAUUCUCGUUCAAAUUAGGUUCGUGCAUUUCCCUCUCUCUUUUUUUUUUUUUUUUCUCCAGGU